UCUAGCAGUCAGUUCUGCUCCGCGUUCGGUCGCGUGUAGUUCGCUCUGGGUUACGAUAUCUUUGUCCGUUUCUAUAAUAGUGUAAGUCGAUGUCGGGGGUGGUGAAUCAAUUCCUUUAUGUUUAGCUAGCUCUUCAUCUUGUAAGGAAUCUAUCGGCAAAGAACGCGAAUCUGACCUAUUUUGUGUGUUACAGUUCAGGCGAACUGUCAGAAAUUCUGCUGGGUAGACAACGACGAGUGACUAACAGUAAUUUAAUUCAGUCAACGUGUUUUAACAACUGUAAAUUUGGAUAUUUUCAACCAAAACAAAUUAAAGGAGAGCAUCCAUCAGCCUCCACGUAACCACUACCAUGACGACCACCCGUGUAAUUUUGAAUUUUCCAUGGGGCAACAACAAUAACAACAACAAUGAAAAACCAAAGGGAGACAUCCACCAUGACACAGGCCUGACCGACGUCGUGAUGAAAGUGGCCCGCAAAGAACUACGCGAAGACAAAGCGAUCCGCGAGCAGGCCCUUGAACAGAUGCGCGAAUGGCUCAAACAAAACCAAGAUGUCGAGAACGUUCGCACUGACGAUCUGUUCUUACUCAAAUUUCUACGCACCAAGAAGUUCAGUGUCUUCAUGGCUCAGCAAAUGAUCUUGAAGUAUUUGAACCUUCGGAAGGUCCACAUGCACUUGAUGUACGGACUGGACUUCCUUUCGCCGAAAUUGAACAAACUGAUAAACAACGGUUACAUGUUUCCAUCGCCAGUGCGGGACAAGCAUGGCAGACGGCUGAUCAUCGGAUUUGCAAGAAACUUCAACCCGGAAGAGCACGACAGUUCCGACAUGUCCCGAGUGCACGCGAUAACCUACGAAACCCUACAGGAGGACGCUCAGAACCAAAUCAUGGGCUAUGUACACAUUGGAGAUUUCAAGGGCAUUACCACGGCACACGUCUCCUGCUGGAAUCCGACCGAUUUUCUACGCAUGAUGAAGUGGGGUGAACAGUCGAUUCCAAUGCGCCACAAAGAGGUGCACCUGGUGCACGUUCCUUCUGCAGUGAAAUACGUCAUUGAAGCUGGAAAGUCGAUGAUUAGCAAGAAAAUGAAGGAACGACUUCAGGUUCAUGUUACCAUCCCGGAUUUGUGCAAAAAGGUAGACCCGGCUUGUCUUCCGAAGGAACUGGGCGGCAACAUCCCGAUGGUCGAAAUGAUCGAUUGGUGGAAGCAGGAGUUGGCAGCGAAGCGGAACACAUUGCUCUCUUUGGACAACAUGAACAUUCUCAGCGAUCGAAGCAUCAUUUCGCGGAAUGGAACCGAUCGUAACAACAACAAUGGUGCCGCCUUGGGCAUGGAAACUAUUACGGGUAGCUUCCGAAAGUUGGAAGUGGAUUAGUGAAGAUUUCUGAAAUGUCAUUAGGCUAAGAUAUCGAUCGUUGAAAUGUUACUAUAAUCAAAAGUGUGAGUGUGUUUAGUUAUAUUAUGUACUAUAUAGAUUUAGAGGUCAUCAUGAACAGUUUGAAGAUCCCAUUGUAUAGCAAAUGUGUCUUUCUGAAAUAAAUUUCACCUUAGCCGUAAAGAUUGUGUA